AAUAUAUUACGAAAUUGGAUGAAGAAUUAGAUGAACGGUCACGGGUGACUAAUCGGCAUUUUGUGUACGUUCGAGUAGAGAGACUGCAAAUCCAUGAAUAGAAGAAGAAGAAGAACCUUUUCGAUACGGAGGAGAAGAGAGCAGAUCGCUCGAACGUGUUUUCUUGAUAGCAGAGACGAUAGGAUAACAAUAAUGUCGUGCGGUGGAUGAAGGCACGACGGAGGUUAAGGAAGAAGAGAGGCGCAAGAUGUACGGACGUCAGGAUAAUUCGGACGACGGUAGCUCGAGCCAGGUGCCACCGUGGCUUGUGCGCGCCGAAGUCACGAUCCGCCACGGUGACACGGUGACCUCCGAGACCGUGCAAAUGCCUCCGGGUACCACUACCACCACCGACGCGGGCGGCAUCCGCAUGACGUGCCGCUGGAAUACGAACGAACCGAACUCGACAUCAACAUCAGCCACCACGUCCAACGCUUUCCUGUCAUCUGGUAGUACCGCCGGCGGCUAUGGCUUUCAACGAGGCAAUAUACUCUUCACGUCUACACCGCCCGAGAGAUCAAGCGGAUCGUACACUCUGCCACGCUUGGGUUCGUCUGGUAAUAACGACUCUAUCUCGUCUAGAGGCCGAACGAACGUUUCUGACUCUGGCUACACCAGCGAACAGUUCUCGCCGCACACGUAUUCGUCCUUGCCCGCACGACGCUCUUCUCAACAGUACAAUCAUCGAUGUAAAAGCUCGUGCAGCAUAGUACUUUCCACCGUAGGCACGGAUAAGCCUAAUCCUGAGAAAGUUCCGUCUGUCGAUCAGUGGCACCAUCGAUCCCCGCACCAAUAUGCCUUUUCACGUCAUCAAUUCAGUACAGUCCCGGAAGUCUGCGAGGAUUGUGCGGAGGGAAGCUCAUCGAGUGCUUUCACUACACAUUUUUGCACUCGCGUCGCAGAAAAGACUGCGAAUAACAGGAAGGCCAUUGCAGUAAGCAAGGACGCGGCAUCGCAAACCACUGACAUCGAAUCGGUGCGCUCGUCGUCGACUGUCAAGAGCAGCAAAAUUAGGAGGAAAUUUAGUACUGGUACUAAUCAGCAUAGCGAGCAGAAAAAGGAGCAGGAAAUCCGAUCGCCCCCGGCAUCAGUUGGGAAUACCAGUACCAGUCCUCCUACUGAUCCAGAGAAAUCAGAUUCAUCCGCGAAAGAGGACAGCAGUAAGCGCAAGUCACGAACGGUGCACAUCGAUGUGUACUGCACUGGAUCUGAUGACGAUGCCAGUACAGACACGAUCAGCGAAGACGAUCGCAGCACGCCCAUGACCGUCUUUGAAAAUGACGACGUUAAAGUCAUUCACACUCAAGCGGCAGAUAACUUGCCGCGAGGAUUUGAAGAUACAAACGCGUUUCUAAAGCGCAAUGCCGAGCGACGCGCAAGUUUUAGAAACGCUCCGAUGAGGAUGCCCUCGUUGGCUAGCUCGAAGGGAUACGAUAGCGACGAAGUUCUGAGUUCCCUUUAUCCCUCGCGAUUCAGCUCAUAUAGCGGAAUACGGGACCUUGAUUCCGUCCCGUGGUCUACAGUGUCGUCUAGCACGGCUCUUUCGCCAUGUGAUUACGAUUCGACUAUGACAUCGUCGAAAGACACCUAUUCUGAUAUCGAGUCCCUGAUCAACAGUAAAUCUGGCUUAACGCCUUGCGACAGCUUCGAAUACGCCAAUACCGCGGAUCGCGACAGAAUACGAAAAAUGGAUAUUUUGGCAAAAACAAGUAAUGAGAAAAACAAAAUCUGGCGAUCGCCGCAAAUUGAACGGAAACAUCUGCUACGGAACAGGAAGAUGAGAGAGUACUUCGAGAAGCAUGAGAUAAAUUGGUCGUCUGGAGACAGUGCCGAAGAUUCCGACGAAAGCGGAGCAGUCGGUUGGAGUUUCUUAUCCGGCGAUGACAAAUCACGAUUUGUUAAAAGAGAUUCGAUUGUCCGUUGUACGAGCGAAGGUCAAAUAGAGGAAUCUAGUGUGACUAAUGUAGAUUCGAAACAUAGAAGUGAUCAAAAGGAACACUCUCAGUUUGCGAUACACAGAGAUGUCCCAACAAAUGUUUUACGUGAUCAUAUUGGUCCGUUUGGAUCGAAAAGCCCUUCUCCUCUUCCUUCGACCAUACCCUCCCGCGUAACGUCUCCCUUCACUACACUGUAUGGAGAAAAAACUGAACAUGUUCUAAAAGCCUCAAAAUUUGGAGGAGUAAUUAGCGCGUUUCGAAAGCCUGGACAUCAUAUAGGUCCCUCGAAAAAUCCGAUGUGUUCGUGCGAGCAUUGCCGAAGAUACUUCGAGAACGGAGAAAGAGGACGAUCUUUUUCAUUGAGCGAGCUCGAACGUCAUCCGGCCUUCAAAUCGCGAAAAGAGUGACAUUCAAUUUUAUUAGAAUCUUAGGAUCUCUCUUGAGGAUCUUAAACAUAUUGAUUCUUUAGUUUUUACA